GCCCGGCCGGUGUGGCGGGAGCUCUCUGCUGGUCCCCUCCGUGGGCUAUUUCGGAGCUCCCACCUUCUUCACGGAGCAGCGGGUCAAGGGGGCACGAAGCCGGGAAGACCACGCUGGACUGCAGCGGCGCCAUCAGUGAAAGCGCGUCCUGCAGCCACGAUCCAUGCUGCCGCCGCCAUCCGGACCCUGGCCCCGCCACUGACGGCGUCUGGCGCGCGGGGAGGACCCAUGCACUGCUCGUUCCGGGGGUCGUAGGCUGCUGCUGCGCCGCGGCUCCGGGAGCUGCGGGGGCGCCGCGGCCGAGGGAGACGUCAAUGGAUCGCCACUCCAGCUACAUCUUCAUCUGGCUGCAGCUCGAACUCUGCGCCAUGGCGGUGCUGCUCACCAAAGGAGAAAUUCGAUGCUACUGUGAUGCUGCCCACUGUGUGGCAACUGGUUAUAUGUGUAAAUCUGAGCUCAGCGCCUGCUUCUCUAGACUUCUGGAUCCUCAGAACACAAAUUCCCCACUCACCCAUGGCUGCCUGGACUCUCUUGCAAGCACAGCAGACAUCUGCCAAGCCAAACAGGCCCAAAACCACUCUGGCACCACCAUGCCCACAUUGGAAUGUUGUCAUGAAGACAUGUGCAAUUACAGAGGGCUGCACGAUGUUCUCUCUCCUCCCAAGGGUGAAUCCUCAGGACAAGGAAACAGAUAUCAGCAUGAUGGUAGCAGAAACCUCAUCACCAAGGUGCAGGAGCUGACCUCCUCCAAAGAAUUGUGGUUUCGGGCAGCAGUGAUAGCAGUUCCCAUUGCUGGUGGGCUGAUCUUAGUGUUGCUGAUUAUGUUGGCCUUAAGGAUGCUCCGAAGUGAGAACAAGAGACUGCAGGAUCAGCGGCAGCAGAUGCUCUCUCGUUUGCACUACAGCUUUCACGGACACCAUUCCAAAAAGGGCCAGGUUGCAAAGUUAGACUUGGAAUGCAUGGUGCCUGUCAGCGGGCACGAGAACUGCUGUCUGACCUGUGAUAAAAUGAGACAAGCAGACCUCAGCAACGAUAAAAUCCUCUCCCUCGUUCACUGGGGCAUGUACAGUGGUCAUGGGAAGCUGGAAUUUGUAUGACAGGGUCUUAUCUGAACUAAACUUCUUGAACCCUUGAAGGUCUUCGAGUUCUGCUGGACAGGAGCACUUUAUCUGGAGACAAACAAAGUCAUUGAAUCAUUUUUGAUAGACAAAAUGACCUCUGCAAACAGAAUCUUGGAUAUUUCUUCUGAAGGAUUAUUUGCACAGACUUGAAUACAGUCAAAUGUAUUAUUUGCUUUAAAAUUAUAAGAAGCAAAGAGAAGACUAUGUACACACUGUUACCAGGGUUAUUUGCAUCCAAGGGAGCUAGAAUUGAGUACCUAAAUAAACUAAAUGUGCUCUAUGUAAGCUCCUACAUCUUGAUUUAUUGUAAAGAUUUUUAAAAUAUAUAUAUUUUUUGUCUGAAA